CACGUGCUUUGGCACAUACCGACCCGUGAUUGGCUGCGAAGUCGGGCACUCCCGGUUUUCGUCGUCCAAGUGCCAGCUCCUGUCCCUCUAGCAUUUGUCCCACGAUCUGCUCUCGCUGACCACAAUGGUUUUCACUCCUACCCUCCGCCGCGCUGCGGCCCAGGCCACCAGCUCUGCCUUUGCGCCCAAGAUCGACAUCACCCGUCGUGUCGCUGGCUUUGACAUGACCAGUGCCGUUCGGGCUGGUACCCUUGCUGCUUCCUUCGGUGUCUUCGCCGGUACCGCCGCUCUCUUCAUGUUCGGCGAGGUCCCCCGUGUGCGCCGUGAUAUUCUCCAGAAGUUCCCCUUCCUGGACACCUACUACGACCGCACCAUUGCCCCUGAGGACAACCCCUUCUAGAUCAUUUCGCUUUGGUGGACGAUGGGCGACAUGCCAUUGCCCCGGUACUGGAGAUCAGGGGAAGUGUAGAAUAGUGAUGAAAGUCUUUUAUGUUUUUGAAUAGCACAUAGAGGCAGCCGUUUUUCCAAACCAAAUCCAUGGUUAAUCUUCUUUGUG